AUGCAGCAAGAGCUGGAAAUGAAGAGUGGGAGUGCUGUGCGAUCGGGGCCAGCUGAUGGCAAUGGACAUGUCUACGACAACCCAGGAAGUGCUGCGUAUCGCCAAAAGCAACAAUUAGAGAGAUAUCUGAAUUUCUUCUCGUCGCUCGCUUUCUCUGCGACACUUCUUGCCUCGUGGGAGGCCGCAGGUGGUGGCUUGCAAGCUGGGCUGUACAACGGCGGCCCUGCAGUAAUUGUUUAUGGAAUCAUUGUGACUACUGCUGGUAACUUGGCAAUUGCAUUCUCACUGGCUGAGCUGGCUUCACUACAUCCGACUGCUGGUGCUCAGUACCACUGGAGUUAUUUCCUCGCUCCUCGCUAUCGUCGGUUUAUCAGUUUCUUCCAGGGAUGGGUGACCGUCUUCUCGUGGGCGGCCCUGGUCUGCAUCGCCCCGUACUUCAUCGGAACGGAGAUCGAGGGCAUGAUUGUCCUGGCCGAUAUAGGCUACGAACCGCAGAGAUGGCACGGUACGCUCUUGAUGUGGGCUGUUGCCGUGAUUCCAAUCAUCAUCAACAUCUUUGCCCGUCGUGUCCUUGCAGGCAUUGAAGUCGCUGCUGGUAUCAUGCACGUAGUCUUCCUGCCCGUCACCAUCGCGGUCUUCGUCAUCCUCGCUCCUCGCAACUCCAACGAAUUCGUCUGGAACACAUUCAUCAACGGCUCAGUUACGGGCAGUGGCUGGUCCAAUCCUGGUGCUGUCUUCUCCAUUGGCCUUCUCGGAGUCAUCACCCCCCUCAGCGGAAUCGACGGCGUAAUCCACAUGGCCGAGGAAGUCAAGAACGCCAAAACCGUCGUCCCUCGCUCCAUGAUCUACGGCACCCUGAUCAACGGCACCCUCACCUUCUGCUACCUGAUCGCCGUGCUCUACUGCAUGGGCGACUACACCGAAGCCCUCACCAGCCCAACCGGCUACCCCAUCAUCACAAUCGCCUACCAAGCCACCGGCUCCAAGACCGCAACCUACGUCCUCAUGGCCAUGGGCAUGCUCCCCGGCUGGAUCGCCCUCUUCAACGGCCUCGCCUCCGUCACGCGCCUGGCAUGGGCAUUCGCGCGCGACAACGGCCUCCCCUUCUCCGACUUCUUUGCGCGCGUCGACCCGCGUUAUAAAAUCCCCCUGCGCGCCCUCUUCCUCGUGGCGUCUCUCGUCGUCGCUAUCUCGUUCAUCCAGAUCGGGUCCACAGCUGCGUUUAACGCUAUCCUCUCGCUCAGUACAUUGGGUCUCUACAUCUCCUACCUCAUCCCCUUAAUCCUCCUCGUGAUGAAGCGCUUCACGGCACCCCAGGAUAUCCCCAAGGGGACGUUCUCACUAGGGAAAUGGGGGCUACCCGUGAAUCUGUUGGCGAUCCUCUUUGCGACGUACUUUUCUAUCUUCCUCCCCUUCCCGGCUACGAUUCCGGUCACUGGGGAGAAUAUGAAUUAUGCGGGGCCUGUGCUGGGAUUUGUGAUGGUUUUUGCUUGUUGUGAUUGGGUUUUUAGAGGGAGGUUUAAGUGGGAGGGGCCGACUUUGAGGCCUUAUAGGGAUUAA